AGUUGAUUUAUACGGGGAUGCUCUGGUCGAUUAGGUUCAUAUACCUUGCAACCAGAGACAUAUGAGCAUUUUUAUCACUCCUUGCCAUCAAAAAUUUUAAGUGAUUGGCAAGUAGUUUUUGGAGAGGAAUUGAAAGACAUGGGUCACACUGAUGAAAAACAUAACGUUGUUGAUGCCAAACAGAAGGCCAUUGAUGAUUGGCUACCGGUUACGGCUUCCAGGGAAGCCAAAUGGUACUACUCAGCUUUCCAUAAUCUCACGGCCAUGGUUGGAGCCGGUGUUCUCAGCCUUCCUUAUGCCAUGGCACAUAUGGGUUGGGGUCCCGGCAUUACUAUCCUUACCUUGUCAUGGGUGAUCACUUUGUACACACUAUGGCAAAUGGUUGAGAUGCACGAAAUGGUUCCAGGCACGAGAUUUGACAGGUACCAUGAGUUAGGGCAGUAUGCGUUUGGGGAGAAGUUGGGUCUGUAUAUCGUGGUUCCUCAACAAGUUGUUGUUGAAGUUGGCACGUGCAUCGUGUACAUGGUCACUGGAGGAAAGUCACUGAAGAAGGUUCAUGAUUCUCUUUGUCCUGAUUGCAAAGACAUCAAGACUUCAUAUUGGAUAGUCAUCUUUGCCUCAGUGAAUCUCGUUCUUGCCCAGUGCCCAAACUUGAACUCCAUUUCUGUUGUCUCUCUUGGCGCAGCCGCCAUGUCCCUCACGUACUCAACUAUCGCUUGGGGUGCUACUAUUAAAAAAGGGAUUGAACCGAAUGUAGACUACAGUAUUAAAUCGCACAAUACCGCUGAUGCCGUAUUCAACUUUUUUUCUGCAUUGGGAGAUAUUGCAUUUUCCUUUGCAGGUCACAGUGUGGUUCUAGAAAUUCAAGCAACAAUGCCUACAUCGCCAGAGCUUCCUUCCAAGAAACCCAUGUGGAGGGGAGUUGUUUUUGCCUACAUCGGAGUUGCCUUCUGCUACCUCCCUGUUGCUGUGAUCGGAUACUACAUGUUUGGAAAUGCGGUUGAUGAUAACAUCCUCAUCACACUAGAGCGCCCUGUUUGGCUCAUUUCUGCAGCUAACCUUUUUGUCGUUAUCCAUGUUAUUGGAGGUUACCAAAUAUUUGCAAUGCCAGUGUUUGAUAUGCUCGAAACCGUCUUGGUUAAGAAAGCAAAGCUUCCACCUUGCCUUGCACUUCGAAUAAUAACCCGAAGUGUUUAUGUUGGCUUGACAAUGAUUAUUGGCAUAAGCGUCCCUUUCUUUGGUUCUCUUCUUGGAUUUCUUGGAGGAUUUGCCUUUGCCCCUGCAUCAUACUUCCUUCCUUGUAUCAUAUGGCUUAAACUCAAAAAACCCAAGAAAUUUAGUUUGUCUUGGAUUAUAAAUUGGAUUUGCAUUAUUCUUGGUGUAUUGUUGAUGACAUUAUCUCCGAUCGGUGCAAUGAGGAAUAUUAUCCUAUCUGCGAAGGACUACAAGUUCUUUUCAUAAACUAGCUAGCGAAUCAAUCCUUAUGUUGAAUUUAGAGUUGAGGGGGUGUAGUUGAGCACCAAGAAAGCACUAUCAUGGUUUAUAGAUAAAAUUCAUUGGAAAUAUGAGAGCUAUGCAUGCACAACAUAACAUUGUAUAGAUUUGUCUAACACUAGUGCAACUUCCUUACAAAAAACUACAAUCUCUUCUUAUAAAGCGUUGAAUUCCAACCCUUGACUUUAAAUUUUAAGGAUAAUUUGAGUAUUAAUCAAAUGAAACUUAUUGUAUA